AACUUUUUCAUUAUCGGUCUACAUAGUUUUGGUGUAGAAGCAGUUUUUAAUUUUCCAAAAAGAAAAUGCGUAUAGUUUUCUUUCUCUUGUUCGGCUGCCUUGCCUUGGCUGCCGCCAAUGAAGCUGAAGACGCGAGUGAAAAUGAGUGGGAUAUCUCGUGGCAUGAAGGACAGGAUCGUGGCUUGAUCCUCAACUCGCAAGCUAAAAAGGCUGUGCGUAACUUUAUGGAGCAAAUGCCUUGUGGUUGGCCUGAUCUAGGUGUUCCACCACUAGCACCUUACACUAAUGCCGACCUAAACCUUCACCUAUCCAGAUCAGUUGUAGACUCCAUACUCCAGUUCAUCCGCUUCCGUUUCGAUGGUUUGGAUCGCAUGGACAUCAAGAAAAUGAAAGUGAGCUAUACAUUCAAAAAGAAGGUUGUCUUCCAUUUCGUCUUCAGAGAGUUGAAGGCCACCGCACACGUUUACAACACGGACACAUUCCUUGACAUGAUGCGCGGUUUGGGCAUGUCGGUGCGUUAUGAGGGUUCGGGCCCAUUGCAAUUCGCCUUAGAGGAUCUCUCCAUUGAGGGCCAAUUCAAAUAUAAGAUGCCACUCUUCUGGGGCUCCAUCAAGAUCUACAAGUUCGAAGCCAAGGUCUCACUUGGUGGUGUACGCUCAAAUAUUGGCGGUAUAUUGGGUAGUGGUAAAUUGAAUCGCUUCCUUAAUGACAAGAUCGAAGAUAUCAUUCCCAACUUCAUCAAUGGAAAUCAAAAGGAAAUUAGCGACCAUAUCGAGAACAUUAUUGUGCCACGUCUUAAUGCCUACCUGAAGGGCCAUAAAGUUUGGUGGUUGUUAGGUCAAAUGAUUGGUUCCACCAACAAGUGCUACCCAACCCCAGCCCCAUGGUUGGCUCUGGAGUAGGACAUGCUCUCUAUGAUUUUGUGAAAAUGUGAUGAAAAAUAAAGAAAUUAGAAAAUUA